UCGCCGCGUGCACACUGCUGCAGCUCAGAAAGAAGAAGAAGCAGCAGCAACACUGCGCGAGGCUCGACCGUUGCUCUCAUCACAUCAAGACGCAUUCAGGCAUUUAAAGAAGUGAUGCUCCAUAUUGCAAUGUUUACACCGCCUGUCUCCUCUUUCACAGUAGACACGUCGGAGCUGCAAUGAAGAUGUGAAGAAUGGAGAUGCUGAAAUGAUGGUGUUUUCUGACUGUCAGGCAGGGGCCUCGUCCAUGUGGGCUUCAUGCUGUGGUUUGCUGAAUGAAGUCAUGGGUACUGGGGCCGUCAGAGGCCAGCAGCCAGGGUUUGGGCCCGGUGCUGGACCCUUCAGAUUUGCCCCCAGUGCGGGAUACUCCACAUACCCGCCCGCCAGCUCAGGGAGUCCCAGUCUCGUGUGCAAGGCCUGUGGUCAGGCCUUCUCAGUCUUCAGGAGGAAGUAUAUUUGCUGCGACUGCAAGAAGAGCUUCUGCUCUCUGUGCUCCGUGCUUCAGGAGAAUCUGCGCAUUUGUGCCACAUGUCAUUUGCUGAAGGCAACAGCCUUUCAGCGGCCACGGCUCAUGCGCCUACGAGUCAGGGACCUGCGUCAGUACUUGCUGCUCCGUAACAUCCCCACCGAUACCUGCAGGGAAAAAGAAGAUCUGGUGGACUUGGUGCUCUGUCACCGAGGCAUUGAGGAAGCGGUGGACCCCGACACGGGCAGCCUCCACUCGCGUUCCCUGUACACGCCCACCCCUUCUACCACGCAGUCAGCCUCAGAGCUGUCGGCUUUCGUCGCCUCUCAGGAGGAGCAGCUCGGCAGGAGUGAUAGCUCCGAUACCAACCAGGAUAUCGGUGAUGCCACAUCUGUGUCGCUCCUCAACUUGGACCCCAGUGAACACACUCCUGAGGUCAGCCCUCAAACGCGGCGUCGGGCCAGAGCGUCUCUCUCAGACAUCUCCAGCUUGAGGGACAUUGAGGGCCUGUCCGUCCGGCAGCUGAAGGAGAUCCUUGCCAGGAACUUUGUCAACUACUCAGGGUGCUGUGAGAAGUGGGAGUUGGUGGAGCGUGUCAGCAGACUGUACAGAGAGACGGAGGAGAACAGGAAAUCAUUGGAAAAUGUGAGCAGUACUUUAACCACAGUGGUGGCCUUCCCCCCUCCUAUCUGCAACGGGGCCAUCGGUGACGGAGAGAAGGGUCCGCUGACGAUCCAGGACGACAACCUCUGCAGGAUCUGCAUGGACGCUAUGAUCGACUGCGUCCUCCUGGAGUGCGGUCACAUGGUCACCUGCACCAAGUGCGGCAAGAGGAUGAACGAGUGCCCGAUCUGCAGGCAGUACGUCGUGAGGGCCGUGCACGUCUUCAAGUCCUAAUGCGGCACAAGCGUCAGAGCGGCCGCUCGGACUCAGACUGUACCUUAAGGGAAGGUUUGGAUGUUUUGAAGUGCGGUGGUACGAGGUACUAACCAGACCAGCGUCUCCUGUGUUCUGUGAGGGAAGAUUACUGAUAUUUCUUAAUGGAGUCUGGUGGAUUUGGCAAAGAGUUGAUAAGAGCGAGAGAUAAGGGCUUAAAUAUUCUAAAUAUAACCUACACUUAAACUGAUAUAGAUUUUAUUUUAGGUGGGACUUUAUUUUAAGUGGCUAAAAUACGUUUUGCUGCUGCCCCCCUAUGCACAACAUUACUUUAGGUACCUCAUACAUGCCCACUUCAAAACAUCCAGACUAAACCUUUAAAUCAGCCACGCAGCUCAUAACCCUUGAAUCCCCAAAAGACUUAUUUUGUGGAUGUUCCCGUGUUUGUACCCCCCCCCCCCUUGCACAUUGAAAUAUUGUGAGAAAUGAGUUUUUCUUAAGAAUUGGACUUUGGUUUCAGCAGUGAGAGCGUAGGAUCGUACCCUCCUAUGAGUCAUUCCUCAUGUAAACAUAUCUCUAAUCUGUGUUCAUUCCAAGUGUCUGUUUUUGCUUUUCUUACAAUUUUUCAAAGCCGAAGAAUGUGUGGCACUCAGCCACGUGUAGUCUCGUUAAACACAACUCGUCACCCUCAGAUCUGCCUUUAAACUGUAGCUUCUUUACAAAUUGCUGCACGUGACUGAAUAUCUCAGUAACACCGAUGGACAGACGCAUACUGAACCUCACCACGGGAGAGAGGGUGAGUGAACAAGGUGCCAAAUAAUGGAUCACGCUUUAUGUUUCUCACCCAUUCCCCCCCCCCCCUCCCUCGACUGUGUGAGUCAGCGUGUGUUUUCUUCAGCACGUUCUUACAGAAAGCACUUUGUUCACACUGUUCACGCACCACUGCUCACAACCCACUGCAAACGAUGACCAGGAAUGGUGGCUGAGGUAGCAUGUGCACUAGUUGCUGCAUACCCUCUCGUAUGAAGCUUGAAAGGCUCCUAACUUUGUUUAAGUUAGAUGAAGGAGCUAAUUGGAGGUCACUCAGCUUGUGUUUUCUUUUCAAGUGAAACUUACAAAUGAGCAGGUGCUCUGCCGUUGUGACUCAAGGAUAUUGCUGAUUGAUAUUCGUGAUUUAUGAUGAAGUUGAUUAAUUAUAUUGAAUUAUUAUUUUGUUAUAGAAGCUCAAAGUAAUGCAUUUAGUGCUGCAACUAACAGCUUGUUUCUAUUGGAUUAAUCUGCCUAUUAUUUUCUUGAUAAAAUGACAGUUUCUCAAAGUCGAUGUCUUGUUUUUAAAAGUCUUGUUUUGUCCAAAACCCAAAGAUAUUCAGUUUAAUAUUUUCUCAAACAGGAUGCAGGAAAUCUCCAUGUUUUAGAGGCUGAAAAUACAAUUUUCUGCCAUUUUUGCAUGAAGAAUGAAGAAUUAUCAAAGGAGUUGGUCAACUAAUGGAUUAAUCGUUGCAGCUCUAAAUGCAUUGCACAUUUUAAAUGGUCAUACAAAGUGUCAUUACAGCAAUAGCUAACCUCCGCUGUCUCCUCUGUCUCAACACUUGUAGUGGAGACAAAAGACAAAAACCGGUGCUAACUCAUCCAACCAUCUUCCUGUUGUCCAGCUCAACUGUGGAUGUGAAACUCUGAAUGUUUUUAUUUUUAUUUUUGUGGUUGUAUAUUGUUGGGAGUGGAAUGAAGUGUCUUAAUGCUUUUUAGUUUUCUCAUAUAGGAGUAAUGUAUUGAACUAACUAUUCAAAGAUAUAGCUACGAGUUUCCUGACACCUGUGGUUUAGAAAGUAUAUAGAAAUAAUGACGUGCUAAUGUACAUUUGCAUAUAAUGAUCCAUAUGAGAUGUAUAUAUCUAUAUUUUUUUCCCAUUUGAUUUGAAUUGUGUAAUGAGAUUAUUGAGAUGUCCCUGGGAUCGGGUUACUUUAUUAUUUUCCUGUCAAGUGGUUUGAAAUGUGUUUAAUCUGCAUAUCUUGAAUUAUCUGUCCCUCUUGAACCAGAGCAUGACGAGAACUUGUAUGACAUUGCUUAUGUUAUUCCCCCAUUUUAUGCACCUAUUAAACUAAAUCUCCUGUCCCCCCCCCCCCCCCAAUCCUGCACAUUUAGAAGUACCCAGCUCUGUACUCGACCAACACAAAGUCAACAUUGCUGCUAUUCGAGUAAAGAUGUGUCCUACAAUCAUGAGCAGUAGCGGAGCAGGUUGCACCUUUCCUUUAGAGAGGGUGUGAUUGUGUGCAAGUCUUUGUAUUUGGGAAUGUUGAACUUUUAUUUUGGUAAUUAAAGAUUUUAAUUAAAGUCUGUUUUUGUAUA